CAGCCGCGUCCUGAUGAAGUCCGUGUCGGGCUUCCUGUCGUCAACGCCGCGCCGGACGCGGCGCGACUCUGACGCGCACGCGUUCGAGUGCGCCGUCCACGCGGCUGUGAGCGAGCUGUCCGGCUCGGACCCGCUGCCGGAGAACAGCGGCGCCACGCCGCUGCCCGACAGCGACAGCGACGGCGAGGCUUCGCUCGACCCGUCGCCGCGCCAGCUGGUGCCGGCGCCGUGCAGCGAGAGGAAGCUGGACUUCAGGAGCCGCAGCUGGCCGCUGCUGCCUGGCGCGGACUCCAAGUGGCCCGACAGCCAGGCCGUCGACGAGGUUUGACCGUCGGCUAGGACUCGGAGUACUCUACGAUGCUGAUGAUUGGCCCUCUGCGGGGAUGAUGAGAGGAUGGAUGGCGGCCCUAGUGGAGGCCGGCCGAGGUGGGCGGUGGCCCCGUGGCGACAGCCGGCGUGAGCCUGCUGGGUCACGGGAUAGAUCGUCGAGAGAGUGGCAUGAGGCGCCGCCCCGACACGGUGUGCUCUUUGCGGAUGGAGAGAAUGGCGCGCCAGGGGAGAGGCGUCGGGAGGCGCAUGGAGCUGCAUGCAGUACGGCCCCGCUACAGAGUGUGUACAGAGAGAGAGAGAGAGGAGACAGUCGAUUUACAGUUGGGCUGACCAAGGAAAUGGCAAGUAAAUGGCGCGGAAAAGAAAAAA